AUUCUCACAUGGGCUAAAUUUGACAAAAAGCGAUUUGCGGUAACAAGCAAGGCUAAACCCAAACCUAAAAUGGGUAAGAAGAAGUCUGCCAUGGGGCUCGGGAGAUCACUGAUAAAAGAGAGACUCAACGCAGGCCGAGGCAACAAGAGGGGCGAUACUUGGGUAACGUUACCUGUUAUGUUGAUGAUACAAGUUGCAACAGCUAGCUAGCUAAACCUAUAACAGUAGAUGCCUACCUCCAAGGGUUCUAUCCAGUACUAGCUUACUAUUUAGCUGAGUAACGUUAACUGGAGAAAAGCAGAAUUUGGUGAAUACUGCCCUGUUGAAAAUAAAGUAACUACAUGUUGUUUUAAUGGCCGUCUGUCUUAUUAGCUGUAGCUAACUAGACAACUUUCUGAUGACUGAACUCGAUCUCACAUUGCCAGCUCCACACCAGUGAACUGAACGAUGGCUACGAUUGGGGUCGUCUCAACCUGCAGUCAGUGACUGAACAGAGCUCUAUGGAUGACUUCCUUGCAACUGCUGAAAUGGCUGGGACAGAGUUUGUUGCAGGUAAAUACUCUAUUGCAUUGACGUGACAAGUGAUCCUUGAAACUGUCAUCUACAAGUACUUUAGACUGGAUUGCCAGGAUGCAACUGAUGGGUAAAAUGUUUCCCCAGAAAAGCUCAACAUCAAGUUUGUGGCAGCUGAAGCUCGGGCAGGAUUACUGACAGCUGAGGAGACGGCAAAGCUGAAGAAGCUGCACGAAGAGAACAAACAACUCCUCAGAAUUCCACGAAGGUGCAGUAAGCACAGAGACUCCAAAGACAUUACACUGUCAACAUUUAUUUUGUGUUCUUUCUAGUUGUCUUAGUAGUAAGACUUGUGCUAAUAUUGCAUUGCCUCUGAUGUUCCAUUACUGUAUCUUCUUUGUUUUGUCAUAUUGCAGGCCUCACUGGGAUGAGAGCACCAGUCCAGAGGUCCUCCAGCAGACAGAGAGAGACAGCUUCCUGGAGUGGAGACGAGAACUGGCAGAGUAUGAAACCCCUACAAUCACACCACUUACACACCACUUACCACUUAAAAUAAUGCAUAUAGAGCAAUAAUAAUGCAGUCUUUUUUGUAGGCACUAACUCCGCCAUGGCUCGUUGGCCAAAGCCUAUGGGGAAAUGAAUGUUUUUUUUGUAGUGUUUUUGGAUAAAUGCCAAAAAUGAAGUCUGUGGUAAACACAGAGGAGAUCUUAUAUGUUUUGUUCUAUGAUAUAAUCUUCAUCAGCUAAUGUCACCUUUUGUGAAUUUUGAAGCAUUUAUGUAAUCAAAACAAGCACAUAAAGGUUUCAUAAUUCAUAAAGGUUUAUUCUAUUAUCUCAUAGAAUAAAAUGUAUAAGAUCUCCUAAGCCUGUAUUUAUCCCAAAACCCCAUUAUUUCCCCAUUCAUUUCCCCCAUAGGUAUGGCUGAAUUAACCAGAGGUAACUCAUUUCUGGUUUUCAGGACUACAAGCUUGCAAGCUCUAUAAUAGUAAUAAAAAACGGCACUUUGUCAUAUCUCAAAAUGUAGUCUCAACAUGUGGGAAACAUGGUGGAAGAACCGGGAUCAUUUUAAAUUUAAGGGACAUUGCACUAUACACCACCGGAAAACGCAUUCAUUUCAAUGUAAUUUAAUAUUAAUGUUUGGACAUACAAAAUUACAAUAAUUUUGAGAAAUUUGACAUCAGUCCUCAUUUAACAAUGCUUACCUACCUAUAAAAGCAGACCUAAAGGUCCUAAUCCAGGCACUUGUCAUCUCCCAUCUGGAUUACUGCAACUCGCUGUUGGCUGGGCUCCCUGCCUGUGCCAUUAAACCCCUACAACUUAUCCAGAACGCUGCAGCCCGUCUGGUGUUCAACCAUCCCAAGUUCUCUCAUGUCACCCUGCUCCUCCGCACACUCCACUGGCUUCCAGUUGAGGCUUGCAUCUACUACAAGACCAUGGUGCUUGCCUACGGAGCUGUGAGGGGAACGGCACCUCCUUACCUUCAGGGUCUGAUCAGACCCUACACCCAAACGAGGGCACUACGUUCAUCCACCUCUGGCCUACUAGCACCCUACCUCUACGGAAGCACAGUUACCGCUCAGCCCAGUCAAAGCUAUUCGCUGCUCUGGCACCCCAAUGGUGGAACAAGCUCCCCCACGACGCCGGAGUCACUGACCACCUUCUGGAGACACUUGAAACCCUACCUCUUUAAGGAAUACCUGGAAUAGUAUAAAAGUAAUCCUUCUAACCCCCCCCCCCCCCCCCCCAUAAAAAAAAAAAAGGGUUGUCAUAAAGUUGAAUGCACCAAUUUGUAAGUCGCUCUGGAUAAGAGUGACUGCUAAAUGAUGUAAAUGUAAAGUAAUUUUUGUAAUAUUGAGAUGAGUAAAAAUGCUAUGCAAAUUCACAUUCUAAUAUGGCAUUGCUAGUAUGACCCUUGACUUCUCAACCGCCUGGUAGCUCUGUUAUUUCCAAAAUCAUAAAGUUGGGGGGAAAAAAACAAUUGGAAGUUCUUAUGAGUUAGUAAAAGGAAUUUAAAGUUUUUCAAGAAGAGACCGUUAAAGGGUUAACACAGAUUUCUGUCAUCAGUGCCCUGAAGUUUAUCUAUCUUGUUUUAUAGGCUUGAAGAGGAGCAGAAAAUGAUUCUCACCCCUUUUGAGAGGAAUUUGGAUUUCUGGAGACAGCUCUGGAGAGUGAUUGAGAGGAGGUAGGAAUCAGAGCUGCUCUGUCUUUUGAGUGAUUGUCAGCUGUUUGAUGCCUUGUAUGAUGGUGGAAAUGUUGUGACUUUUCCUCUGCAGUGACGUUGUUGUUCAGAUUGUUGAUGCCAGAAACCCAUUGCUAUUUCGUUGCCCUGACCUGGUAAGUAAAGUGCCUAAGGCUGUCACAUCAAACAAUUGAGGCCAAUUUUUCUUGAAUGGGGGAUGACAUUGCCAGGUUGGGGAACCCGCCCCACCAAACUGAUAGUAAGGGAAACAUUGCAGCAUUUCACCCAUUGGUCUUCCUGGUUCCUGUAGGAGUGCUAUGUAAAGGAGGUGUCCCGGUACAAGGUGAACUUGCUGCUGGUGAACAAGGCUGACCUGCUGACCCGGCAGCAGCGGAGGAUUUGGGCCAGAUACUUCCAGAGAGAGGGCCUCCGCGCUGUGUUCUGGUCCGCACUGGUGGAGAACGAGAGGCUGGAGGCAGAGGAGAAGGUGAGGAGGAGGCAGUCACAUUUUUAAUUGGAAGGGCUGGUCUUAGCCUGGUUAAACCUGGUUACUUUUUUGACUGAUGAAAGACAAGUUGCUAGGGUUCUCCUCUUCUGCCCUUGUUCAUUCUACACAGGGAAUGGAAGUGGAGGAGCAGGAGGAUGAAAAGAGCGAAGCAGAGGAUGAAGAGGAGGGAAUGCCAGACAACGACAAUGUGAGCCGAAGACGGGAGGUAGAGGAUAACAAGGAAGAGAGUGAGGAGGAAGAAAAUGAGGAGAGUGAUAUGGAAGAGGAGCAGCAGAGAGGGGAGCAGUUUAAAGACUGCGUAGCAGAGGGAGACUGGCAGACGGCAUCAGAGGGUGAGGAGGUAUCAGAGGGUGAGGAGGUAUCAGAGGGUGAGGAGAUAUCAGAGGGUGAGGAGGCAUCAGAGGGUGAGGAGGCAGACGACGAAGAGAGUAUAGAUGGCUCCACCCACGGCUCCGCCUUCCACAACUCCAGUCGCCUGCUGACCAAAGAUGAGCUGCUGGCCAUAUUUAAGGCUGCUCACGAUGGGCCAACGUUGAAAGAGGGCGAGCUCACAGUGGGGCUGGUGGGUACACACAGAUACACACACUGGAAAUCAAUAGAACAGGUAUUGUGUUUGGAGUGACAUUUGUGGGAGCUCAAUUUCUCCUAUAUACUCUCUGAACAGGUGGGGUAUCCCAAUGUGGGCAAAAGUUCCACCAUCAACACCAUUCUGAGAAAUAAGAAGGUGUCCGUCUCAGUCACGCCUGGGCACACCAAGCACUUUCAGGUAAAGAACGGCUCUCUGAUGUAGCCUGCUGGACCUCUAGAAAUGUGUGCCUUAGUGACGAUACAUUUUUCUUACGGCGUCAAAUAAAGCCUUCAAGUGUGUUUGUGUGUGUUCCAGACGCUGUACGUGGAGCCGGGUCUGUGUCUGUGUGACUGCCCUGGCCUGGUUAUGCCCUCCUUUGUGUCCACUAAAGCUGAGAUGAUCUGCUGUGGGAUCCUGCCCAUCGACCAGAUAAGAGACCAUGUGCCUGCCAUCUCACUCAUAUCCUUCAAUUACCAACCCUACAUACCGCUCAUCUGUUUAGUUAUGGGUGUAGAAGAGAGUAAUAUUUAUUGUCUCAAUCAAUAGAUAAAACUGGAGCAAUCUCUUUUUAAAAUACAUUUGAUUCACGGCUAGAUCUGUUUAAGUUGGACCAAAAUAGAGCUGCACAUUAUGUAAUCAUUUCACAUCAUUUCACUCAGGUAAAGGAGUUUUCAGAUGUUUGAUUGGGUGUUCAGUGUGGUUAAGGCCUUAACAGACUGCUCACGUGUGUCAGACUAUUCCUCGGGAUGUGCUGGAGGGCACCUAUGGCAUCAACAUCAUCCGCCCACGAGAAGACGAGGACCCCGACCGCAUACCCAACUAUGAGGAGCUACUGAUGGCCUAUGGAUGUGAGACUAUAAACCCUGUCCUUAUUCAGUACAGCACAGUGUAGAACAACCGACAUAGCAAAACGUAAGCCAUGUGAUAGUGAUGGAGUCGGAGCAAGCCACUGACACUGUUCUAAUCUGUUCUCUUUCAGACAUGAGGGGCUUCAUGACAACACACGGACAACCUGACCAGUCGAGAUCAGCCCGUUACAUCCUCAAGGAUUACGUCGUUGUAAGUUAACCCUCGUCCUGCCACCAAAUACAUGCUCUUGUUGUACAAUUCUGGUUUAUCAGGCAGGAUAGUCUAAAUAUUUUGUUUAGUCUGUUUACCUAAAUUCAGUAGUGGUAAUGGGAGAGCAGCACCACUAACUGGUUCUUUCUGACCAUCUCCAGGGAAAACUGCUGUACUGCCACCCUCCUCCCCACAUCAGUGCUGCAGACUUCCAGCCCCAGCACAGCAAGUUCCAGUCCGGAGAUGCAGACGGUGAAGACUCCAAGAUAGGCAACAAACCGAGCAAAGUCAAGAGGCACGAGAAUCUGGUCGACAAGAACUUCUUCCAUCAGGUACAGUAGAAGGCAACUCCAUAGAAAUUACAUGAAAAUGCCGAAUUUGGACACAGCUGUCAAGAUAGACACCAAACUCAAGCCAGUCUAGGCAGAUUACCUUACAGCCAUUGGUUGUAGUGAAAUGGGAUAAUUCAGAUACUAACCCCAUUGUUGUCUUUUUUGUUCCAGGAGAAUGUUCGGGCGCUCACCAAGGGGGUUCAGUCUUUCAUGGGUUACAAGGAAGGCAGCAUAGGACAGCGUGAACUGGUAAAUCAGGGGAAACCUGGCUUAGAACAGCCUGUGGGCAAACCCUGGAAGAAGCAUGGCAACAGGAACAAGAAAGAGAAAGUACGCCGACUCACCAAGCACCUGGAUGCCUGAAGAACAUCUAUAAACUGUUAGAAAUCGCUAUUAGUUUGGAUUGGAAUGGAGUGUUAACCCCCAAAGGACUUUCCAAUGCAAAUACACAGGAAUUGGUACUUAGUUGUACGUAGGGACUGGUCAACAACAAUAACCUCUAUUGCAUUUUGCAAUAUGGAGAAACGGGGAUUGGUUGCCUUUUGAUAUCAAACAUUAUUCAGAAUGUUCUGUGUAACUCAUUAUGCAUUGCAGUGACAGUACAUUCCACUAUAGCCACAGCAGAGUUGGGGUCCACUCAAUUCCAGGAAUUUCUGCAAAUUAGGAAUUGAGCCUUACUCUGAACAAGAUGAAAUUAAUUGCUAAGGAGAUCAAUCAGUCAAGAUUUAUUUGGUUAUAGAUGUUUGUUACAUAUACAAGAAGGUGCAGCCUAUUGUACUUUACAGCAGGGCUAUUCAACCAGGGGUCCGCGGGCCCCCUGCAGGGGGUCUGCGAAAAUAUAUUAAAAAGUUGAUUUUUUUUAGAAAUUAAAAAUGUUUUUAUGAAUAUCGCUAG